CUCUUCUGAUGCUAGACAUUCAAAGGUGAGCGUUAGUUAUCAGUCACUUUUUUCGUGCCCUGAACCGCCACAAUGGCACAACUGAAACCGUCGUCCGCAACAUCUGGCUUCUUUCAAGCCCUCCCUGUCGUUCCCCCUCAAUACACCGCACUGAGUGCUUCCAGCUCUUCCACUUCCAGCCCAUCCAUAACAGACGAUCCGGUCUUUGCUCGAGUACUUUCGUUGUACCUGCCCAGCCCCAUACCGUCCGAGAUCACCAAACAUCUGCAUGACUUCUCACGGCUCGUCCUCUCCCCUUCAACGCUCCGGCACACCGUGGAUUGCGAGACAAACCAGCCCACCCUCCACCCAUUGACGACAUUCGGCGAAGAGAACAAAACCUCGCCCCUCCGCACAAGCGAAGGUUGGCGCGCCCUCAAACGUAUCCAGACAGCCGCCGGCGUCGUCGGCUACGGCUACCCACACUACACCAUCCACUCGACCUUCAACCGACGCAUCCACCAAUUCGCCACAUUGCACCUCUGGCACGGCACCGCAGCCCUGGCGACAUGCCCUAUGGCCAUGACCGACGGUGCGGCCGUCCUCCUGCGCCGACACCUCUCGGACCCCGAUGAUGACGCCGACCAACCGGGCCGCGCUGAUGUCUUUCUCGAGUCUUACCACCGCCUCAUCUCCCUCGACCCGGCAUACGCCUGGACAUCAGGACAAUGGAUGACCGAGCGCACAGGCGGCAGCGACGUGAGCGGCACCGAAACCGUCGCGCGACGCAUGACGCCUACGGAAAUCGAGUCCGAUACCCAAACCAACCGCGACAAGGACGCGCACGGCCUGCCCCUGGGACCCUGGACCGUCUCGGGCUUCAAAUGGUUCUCGUCGGCCACCGACGCCGAUAUGGCUAUUCUACUCGGCCAGACGGACAAAGGGCUAAGCGCCUUUUACGCCCCUCUGCGUCGACGCGUCGGCCAUCUUCAUCACCUCCACUCGCCCUCUUCCUCUUCAGCUGCUUCGCGAACAGGGACAGAGACAGAGAUGAACGGCAUCCGUCCCACGCGGCUCAAAUCCAAACUCGGCACGCGCGGCUUACCCACGGCCGAACUCGAAAUACGAGGCAUGCGCGCUUACCUGAUCGGCCGCGAGGGCCAAGGCGUCAAAGAAAUCAGCAGCAUUCUGAACAUCACACGACUCCACACGGCGAGCGCGGCCGCGGGAUACCUCGCUCGCGGGCUCGCCGUGAGUCGCGCAUACACACGCGUCCGUCGCGUGCAGGGCGGCCUCUUGUCCGAGAACGCGCAACAUCUGUCCUGGAUGGCAAGCGAGACGGUCAAGUACGCCGCCGAUACGCACCUCGUCUUCCUGGGCGUGGCGCUCCUCGGCGCCAGCGAACAAGGGCACGACGCCGUCGUUGGGGCCGGUAACGGUACGCGCGGCGCCGCAGAAAACGUGCUUGUUCCGCGCGAGAAGAGCCGCAUCGACGUGUUGCUGAGGAUCCUGACGCCCGUGAUGAAAGCCCGCGUCAGUCUGAACAGCGUCGCUGGGCUGCGCGAGUGUAUGGAGUCCCUGGGCGGUGUGGGCUACUGCGAGAACAACGAGGACGGAGGCGUGAUGAAUCUGGCAAGGCUGUUCAGAGACAGUGUCGUGGGCACGAUCUGGGAAGGCACGACGAGCGUCAUGGCCGAGGAUGUGCUGCGCGUGGUGAAGAAUGAGAAGAAAUUCAAACAGGGCGAUGAUGCUCUCGACAUGGUCUUCGGAUGCUGGACCAGAGCCGUGCUGCAGGCCGUCGGAGCGACGUUCGAGGCCGAGUGCCAAGUCGUGCUGAACCGAUAUAAUGUGUUGAGGGACACUGUAGACAAAUUGGGCGUGCAAGAACUUCUUCGUCGGGGGAGGGAGCUACUCGAACAUAUCGAAGCCGUGGCGUGCGCUUGUCUGUUGAUGUAUGAUGCCUGCACGGAUGGAGAUGAAGUCGCCGCGGCAAUUGCGAGGAGAUGGGUGAGGAUGAUUGCAUUGCCCCCGGACGUGGCCAAACUCCAUAUCGAUGAUGUUUGGCAGAAAGAGGCCGAGAUGGAUAGGAGGAUCUUCCUUGGAUCAGACACUACAUCCACGCCGCCUGCGCAGGCGAGACUAUAAGCAUCGAACAUUAAAUAAAAGGGGAGCACGCCUGAAUAGAUUCAACAAUGUGAGAUAGAUAUUG